CUCUCGGGGAGAGGAGAGGAAACUACAGCAGGACGGGAAAAGAAACAGUUUUUGAACGGGAAAAAAAAGGAAGAUUUUUUAUUUUAAAGUUCUGUGUUCGAUCUCUGACUUCAGAAGCCUCUCACUCCAACCUCCAGCAGCAGUUUUCCUUUUCAUCAUUUCUUUUGACACCCAGAAAGAGUGUACUGCUGCAUCACACCGCUCCUUCUACUCUGCAUGGAGAUACUUCCACUUCCUCUUCUCCUGCUGCAACUAAGGACACUUUCCUCUUUCUGAAAACUGCAGAUUUUCAGAAUCAAAACGGCAAAAGCGUGUCUGUUUUUGACAGGAUCCCUGCAUCACAAGCAUCUCUUGCAACUUUAACGCCCUUACAACUUGGACAGAGAGAACAGAGCCCUUCGAUGCUGCGUGCGUAAAAGGGACUCUUUGCUUUUUUUUCUCCGAGGUGUAGGAGGAGGCGACUUCAGGAGGACGUACCGGGAUCAGAGUGCUCCUGGAAGAGCUCCGGGAAGAGGAGGAAGAGGAGGAGGAGGAGGAGGGCGCGUCACGCUGAGAGAGAGCAUCCUCCCUACAAACACACACCCUUAAGACAACAGAGCUACAGUAAUCUUAUAAAAUUCCAAGUUGGAGAUCAUAUAAGUAUUUAGCAAAAUAACCACCUGCAUUAUUGUAAAGUUGGAAAUUAAAGAUUAAGUAAUCACAAAAAAGAAAUCACAAAAGUAGAUUAAGAUCAACUUAAAUUUAUCACUGAGUUCCAGAGACAAACUACAAAUCAUAAAAAGGGAUAUUAUAAGAAUACUGUAGAGUUAAUUUGUCAGAAGCACACACGGACACCCAGGACGCCCCAGCACGCCGCUGCAGGAUGGAUCACCCACCAAUCAGAGGUUUAUCUGAUGUGCCGUGAGCGUUGGGAGCACUUUGCCCCAGCCCCGGCCUGCAGCCCUGGUGCCACCCAGCCUGGCUCACCAGGAUGGACCCUGCUCAUUCCUUCAGGAUGGAGCUGGACGGGCUGGACCUCCAGCAGGUCCCAGUGCUGUCGCUCGACCAGAUACGUGCCAUCCGGGCCAACAAUGACUAUGUGGAGAGGCCCGUGGCGCUGGAGCCGGCAUCCCAGUCCGGAUUUUUCUAUGCCCAUGAAGACCGUUAUCCUCAUGGAGUAUACCCCCACUACCCCCAGCCUUCCUUCCACUCAGCCAUGCCCCGCAGCCAAAGUCAGCAGCAGCACGCUCACCUGUCCCACCUGAGCCGUUCCAGUACCAUAAGCUCUUCCAUGUCUCGGACAAGUGCCACCUCAGACCAGCGGCUACUGGCGGGUUUGACACCAUCACACUCUGGCCUUGGUUCGGUGGUCCGUUCUCAACCUAAAGGAGAACUUAAGUCUGAUACUUCCUUUGGUAAAGGUCUAACAGAGGAUGAGGCCGAGAUGGGCCGUCAUUUGUUCAUCUGCGAGCGGUGUGGUCGCUGUAAGUGCCAAGAGUGCUGCGCCCCCCGCCGCCUGCCUUCUUGUUGGGCCUGCGGACAGCGCUGUCUCUGCUCUGCCGAAAGUGCCGUGGAGUAUGGCACCUGCUUGUGCUGUGUUAAAGGCCUAUUCUACCACUGCUCCGCCCAAGAUGACGAGGAUAACUGUGCUGACCGGCCGUGCUCCUGCGCCCCAGCCCACGCCUGUGCCCGCUGGGGCACCAUGGGGCUGCUGUCGCUCUGCCUGCCCUGCCUCUGCUGCUACCCCCCUGCCAGGCUGUGCCUUGCCGUGUGCCAGUGUGCCCACGACCGUGCCACGCGCCCCGGCUGCAGGUGCAGUAACACCAACACUGUGUGCCGCAAGAUUUCAGCCUCCAACCCUAACCCUGGCCAUCCCUCGCUCCGCAGCAAGGCCUUAGAGAAGCCGUUAUGACAGGCCUGGAAGGGGGCCAGGUAAAUACAUUUCCCCUCAGCCGUCGCCAAAGCAACGCUGUCGCCAAUCAACAGUGCCACAGCUGACAUUGUGACGACAAUGCCAUUGUGACCCACCUACCUACAUAAGACAAGCCAACCUACAAACCAACCGUGAAGUGUUGUUCACCUAAUGUACCUUGAAUUUACUUCAUCUCCAGCUCAGGAGGGACCAAAGCUUUACUGUGCCUGUUCAUGUUGGAGACUUCAUGCCUAAAAACAAAAACUCAGCCUGAAGAAGAAGCUGUCGUGCUUUGCUGGACUGCCCUUCAACCUUAAGCAAAACUUCCAGACAGAAAUCACCUCUCUCUGCAUUCUGUGGUGUAAUCUGGACGUGUUAAAAUCUAUUUAUUUAUUGUUGAACCUCCUUCCUCCCCACCCUCUGCAAAGAGAACGCACGGAGCUCUGAGAUGGGCGAUGGACCAAAUCAGGAAGGAAAGACGCCUGUGGCAAUGUGUAUGGUCUAUGCCAACAGAGUUUCUGUCCUCUAGAAAGAGAGAAUCAGGAGACGUAUGGAAGACUGAGGACUCAGACCACAAUGACAUUCAGAAAACUCCAGAAAAGGCUGAAGAUGAAUGAAUGAAGAAACCAAUGUUGUGCCGCGGUGCACAUCUGACUGGGACUCCUAGCAAAGCACCAAGGCAUUAAGUGAGAACAAAGACACUUGUAACACAUCUGUAACAACAGUUUGACACCAAAAAAAGGGACCAUGCACUGUACGAACUGAGUGAAUUUCAAUGCUAUUAAGCUCAUUUGUAAAGGAAAAGCACUGUGAGGUAGAUGGACAAUGUUUUACCCGGCAGCCAAGAGCUGAAUGGGGGAUUAUUUAACCGGAGGGAGGGUGCAUCCAUUGUCACUAGGCAGCGUGUGUGUGUGUGUGUGUGUGUGUGUGUGUGUCCUCCUACUGUUCAACAACCUGUGUAUGUAGAAGCUGUGUGUAUGUUGUUUUGUCAGCAGAAGAAGCCUCCCUUGUCUUAUUUUUAGCAGUGCUGCUUCGGUGGAGCUCUGAGGGUCUGGUCGGGUUUCCUCCCGAAGUCAGUCUGUCGCCAAGCUCCCUCCUCUGACCGACCUCCUUCACUGCCCCCACCUCCAUCCUACUCUCCUCCUCCUCCUCCUUUACCCCACUUAAUCUAUUCUCCUCCCAUCCUCGAAUCAAAUGCUCUUUUCUCCAGACCAUCUCUUUGUGUCUCACUUUCAUUCAAUUAGUGCCUUGAUCCAGAAUGACGUACAGUUAAGAGCACGUUCACCAAUUUGCCAUCAUGGAAGUACAGAAAUAAUGUUUGCACAGAGCUGCAGUAGCUCAAUAAGUUAUUUUGCUUCAGUGAAAUUAUACCACGAAGCUCUUACUUUUACUCAAACUAAACAAAAUAUUCAGUUUCCAAGGCAAAUUUAAACUCUAAUCCAAAAUCUGAGUUCUUUCUAAUCUACCCAAAUGGUCAAGGCUGAUGGCCGUCAACCUAGACCCAGCAGGUUCUGUUCUAGGCUCCCUUUUCCUUGCUGCCAUCAACAAAGUGCUUGCUCAUGGGGGAAUUCUUAGGUGUCUGUAAAUAAAGAGUAUGGUCUAGACUUGCUCUACAUGAAAGGUAUCUUGAGAUAACUUCUGUUAUGAAUCGGCACAUUACAAAUAAAUUUGACUUGACUAAUUUGUAGAGGAGAUUUUGAUCCAGGGCCGCAUUCACAAUACAUCUAAAGGUUGAGUUAGGAUGGAAAAUAAAAUGAUGGUUAUUUCAAUGAGGGGAAGGCAGCAGAGGGGAAGCAGUUUUUAACACAAGGGUAAGGGUAUGAAGCGGUUGCUACCCAUAUAAACAUGCACAAAUUUUGCUUCGCCACUCAAAGCUCACCCUGUUGAAUUUCUGGCAGCAGCCAUCUGGCUUUAGCCAAUCAAAUAGCAGGCAUCGCGGGAGCAGAACGAAGGAAAGAUGGGUGAGCUGAUGAUGUUGGUGUCUGAAUACCCAGACAUCUCGGCACAAGCAACUUAUAAGGAAAACCAGAAGAAAAAUAUAACAUUUCCAUCAAAUUUUAGCCAAAUUGUCCAAAUAUGUAGAGAUCUUUGGUAAAUUCCAAUGAUUUCUAUUGUCUUGUAACAGUUUGCAGCGUCCGCCAGUGACCAAAUCACCUGCGUGUCAUUGCAGCUGUGGACUGUAGCAGGAGCAGCUACUUUUAGAAACACUUUGUUGUUUGGGGGGGACUGUUCUCACAGGUUGUCAGGGCAAAACAGCUGAAAAUAGUCUUUUAGCAUUAAAAAAAAAACAGCUCCUAUCAGUGUUGGAUGUUAGGUGCAGUCCAGAGGACUUUAAAGCCAAUUAAAUCUAAUAAACAUCCAUUGCUAUGGGUAAUUGCUCAUUGGUAAUGAGCAGAAUUUGAAAAAAAUUUAAAAAAAAAGUCAUAAUACAAUGAGCUGUUAUAAAGGUACUAACUCAACUAUCAGGGUAUUUUGAUGGUGGUGGUGCUACGCAAUUGCAUCACCAACAGAUCGAGACAUUCCUAUUGCCUUGGAGAUCAAGGUUUGCACAACACUGUGCUAUUUGGCCAUUUUAAACAUAAAGUUAUGCAGCUUUGUUGACCUUUGAAUUGACCCCACCCCUUCUCAGAAGCUUGUGUAGAAGAUGUUUUAAAAUAUGGCCAAAGACCUUCAUGAGCUUGACAAGGCUCAUGUCUACCUGAUGAGAAGUCCUUCAGGGCUGCUAGAGAGCCACACUAGAUGCCUUCUGUCACAUCGCAUCUUUAAUGUGUUGCUCACAAGACAGAAAAUUAAAUUCUUCCACAACACAAAAACAACCUAACAACCAGCAAAAGCCAGCUGACAAGAGGCGUAUAUUUCCCACACACCCAUAUAUCCCUCCUGCCUCGUCCGUCUCUCCUCUUACGCUCAGAGAGGCUAAAAGCCUCCAGUUCCUGGUCCACAGAGAGUUGAUCAAACAGGCAAUUAGCUUCAUGAUAGCUCUUAAUGGGCCGGAGAAGAAUGGAGCGUGGGAGGGAGGGAAGUGAGGGGACAGGAUGAGUGGAGUUGUGGUGUUUGGCAGAUGGACAGCUGAUGGGGAGAGAGGGAUGCUGGGAGGAAAAGAGAAAGGAGGGAGGUUGGAUGGAGGGAAAGGAAAGACAGGAUGUUGAUGUUGCUAUAAAGUCAGAUGGAGACGAUGCAUGCUCAAAAAGAAAAGAGCAAUCUAACUUUUUUUUUAGUCGUUUUUUACUUUCGUCGUUUCUACUGAACUUAUUCAGCACUUGAGGUACUCACUUCAGAUGCAACAACAGUGCACGGCUCUUCCAGGAAGGAAACACUGAUAGAAACAACACACACACACAGCAGUCAGGAGUGUAUGAGUGCAUAUGCAUCUUCAUGUUUUUAAGCGUGUGUGUUCAUGAUUGGAUGCAUAUGGGCUUUUCUGUGUGUGUGUGUGUGUGUGUGUGUGUGUGUGUGUGUGUGUGGCAGGGUGCGUCACCUAAGCACAAACACACACACACUGCCCUGAUUUGUUAAAUGUUACUUUGCUAUAUUUUUAUAUGUAAAUAUGGGCUAUUAACUGUAUAACUAUUUUUAUUCUGCUUUAUUUUGUUUUUAUGAGAUUGAUAUUAUCAUGGCUGUUUUCCAUUCUAGUCAACAUUUACUUAUUUACUGUCUAUGUGUGAUCAAUUCAGGUACUUUUGGGGCAACUCUGACAGCAAACACUGAACACGGACUUAGGAUGUGGCAUUUAAUUGAUGCUACAGCAUUUUCCCGAGUAUAGCUUGGUAUUAUGGCUUGGUUUUGAACAUUUUUGGGACCAAAUACAUCUUUAGCAACAAAAAGCUGAGCUCUGUUCUUCCCUGGUCUCUCUGCUGGCACAGAAGAUAAUCCUUUAUUAGUCCAACAGCGGGGAAAAUGCAAACAAAAUUAGAAUUUGGCAAUCAACUUUUCUCAGAUAAAGAAACCCAGAUCAUUUUUUUGUUUUAAUGCAGGAAAUUAGAUUCAUUUCUAAUCAGUAUACCAUCAUAAAAUAGUAAGUAAAACAACAACUAUGACUUAGCAAAGAGUGUUAUGAAAUGUUUUAGUGCACUACUGCUGUUUGCUCUCAGAAUGUUGUCCAAAUUGUUUCUGUUCUCAUCACUGGUUUCACUUUGAAAGACAGAUUGGCAACAGAGGAGGACACACUCAAUUUAAAGAUGUUAAUUUUUCUUUUAAUGUUGCAACUUUCUCCACUUUUGUGUUACGUAUGACAUAAUUAUUAUUAUUAUUAUUAUUAUUACUUAUUACAAGUAUUGGCAACCAAAAAUCAUAAUCUAUGACACCUACUGAUGCAAAUCACUGAGGUUGACAUCACGUCCACAUUAAUGUUGAUGAAUUUGAAAACUUUUUAAAAACGUUUCAAAGUUUGCCACCACCCAAAGCAGAACAAGUGGUUACAUUGGAAAAUGUCAGUCCCAUGGAGAAACUGAGCUUUUCUACAACGCUGAUGCAAGCUCGUCAUGGGAGCCAUUUUCUGAAAACUCGCUGGCACAUUCUGUCCUGCAUGCAUGCUCUGCGAAUGACAAACAGUGCUUCAAAACCACUUGGCGGCCAUGUGCAGACGCUGCUGGUUCAACUAGUCUGCCUGAUAGAGGAAACCAAAUGCCUCUAUUGUUGUGGUGUUUGAAAACAAUAAUGUGAACAGAAAACUUUGAAAAUGAAAACUUUGUUUUCAAAUGUAGCUGCAUUAUUGUGGUCAUGGCCUCAGAUGGGUUCGACACACUCACACAUGCAUACACACACGCGCACACACUGUCUCCUCUACACUGACUGGAUGACUUCAGUCAGAUCUUGGUGCUUGGCGGAGAUGACUUGAGGAACAUUUAUUUGUACCCGGAUUGUUUUCUAUCUGAGCUGGACGAGUUACAAUGGAAACUGGUGCAUAUGUUUUAACUCAUUAUGUUUCAUCUGUGUUCACAGUAACUUUCAAAUAUUUACAGUGACAGUUGUCCGAUCAUAACCUCUUCAGUAGGCAAUGUUUUGUAUGUACUACAGAUACACACAGAGUGGCACAAGCAGAAUCAACUUCCAAUUUUGCUCAUUAUCAUUUUUUAAAAGGAGAUUUUGUCAGAGUUCAUGCUUAACAAUCUGUAAAUGUUUUAUAUUGUAAAUAUCUGAUUUUUGUCUCCUCAAAUAUUUUGUUUCCUAAAUGAUCUAAUAAUCUGUAAGUAAAUGCAUUCUUACUUACCGAAAUCACAAUCUCUUACAUUAUAAAAUGACCCAAAUCAAAAUUAUGGAUUAUAACUUUUAGGGGUGCUGAUGAGGGAGCUAGUGAGCUUGAUCGCAGGAGAAAGUUGCAUGUGGCAUUGAUAAGUUAAAGGAAAAUAUCAUGCAUCUUCACAAGAUUUAAGGCACAUGAAGGACAGCGACUUGUGACAUCUUUUGAGUCAAUAACAUUCUUACUGGUGUGCAACCUCCACACCUCACCUCUGCUGACUGCACUGUGUAUAUCUGUAUGUACAAAUAAGGCUUUUCGUUACAUAGAUACUUUAAUUCCAGGAUUUCCUUUCCAAAAUGUUUCCGAUAUUCCUCCCUCAGAACCGGAGCUCACGUCGGGAACCUGUCUGAUGCUGUACGUACGCAGGCUGCCGCUAUAACCACUCAUCUUCUCCUCUUGUGUCUUAGCAAGCAUCGCUUUUGGUACAAAUUGGCAUAUUGUAUGUUGUAAAAGAAUUUACGGAGAGUAUAUGGAACAAAUAUAUAUUGAAAUCUAUCUAAAAUGAAUAUAUUAUAUAUGGAACAAUACGCAUUUUACACUUUCUGUUUCAUUGCUGACAUUGCUUCAUGGAUAUUUAUUUAAAUGGUUGCAACAAUAGCCGUAACAAUAAUCCUGAGGAUGGUGUUGAUGAGUGAAGUAUUUAUUUUACAGUGGUCAGAGGAGAUUAAGAGCACCGAUGUUGUUGUUUGUCUUUUGAUUUGGUUUAUUUGUUCCUCUCGGUGUGGUGUGGCUGCUGCUACCCUCCUGGCUAAAGAUGAACCAAUAAAAAGGAGUUUCCAAACUGAA